AUGUCAUCGCAACGUUUGAAAAAACUACCUGCCGUGCAAAAACAGCGCCUUCUGAUUGAAUUUUCAUGCCUUAAAAGUAUUUGUCCUCACGGAAUUUUCCUUACUCUCACUCCAGGCGAUUUCACUCGAUGGUCUGGUGUGAUGUUUGUACGUGGAGGUGGGCCCUAUUCUUCUGCCAUCCUUCGGUUCAACAUAUCUUUUCCAGCCCUCUAUCCUACUCUCCCACCUCUCGUCACUUUCACGACUGAUAUUUUCCAUCCUCUCAUUAAACCUCUUUCAGCUUAUGUGUAUCCUGCCGAUAAUAAAUUACCAGUCCAUGUCUCGACCACAAAUGACGAUCGUUUGCCACCUGGUGGGUUCAGCUUACAACACGGAUUUCCAAGUUGGUUCUCAAACGACCAGAAGGGAAAUUUCAAUGGUGACUUGAAAAAAAUGAGAUCAGUGAAUGAGGAAACGACUAGAGAUAGGUCAGAAACUAGUAAUCUACGUAUUUCUUUGGAAAAGGAUAGCUUCAAAGAAGAGACUACGCAAGAGCCAAAUAUCUAUGAGCUGCUCAGGUACAUUCGUAGUACCUUUGAUAGUGAAGAAAUAUUAGAUGAGGUCCCACUUAAGGCAGCUGGAAAUCCAGGAGCAUGGCACGCCUGGUGGACCUAUCGAGCAAAGCAGGGUAAAUUUCCCGAAAGAUAUAUGAGUGGGGAUGUAGUCACAGUACUAAAAGAUCUUAAUGAAUUUGGUGCUGAGAAGACCACACUAGAAACACGCAGCGCACAAAUUACUGCAACUCAAGCUGAAUCUCAAAAGUUGCCCCCGCCAAUGACUAGCAAGAUGCCAGAAGAAUGGAAUUGGGAUGGGGUAUGGGAAGUAAGAGUUAAAAAGGGAAUAGAAGCUAGCAUAAGUGAAAGUGUAUUAUUUAAAAAGGACUCCGGUGAUGAUCUUAUACGCUUCUUGCACAUGGACUGUUCGCAAAUUGAGGCAAUAAAAGAAGAUAUUAAGAGAAGUGUAGAAGCAGCUAGGCCACAAGUUUGA